AUGGCUGACGAGCAAACUACUCCUAGAAAGAGAACUUUCCGUAAGUUUACCUACCGUGGUAUUGACCUUGAACAACUCUUGGACUUGUCUUCUGAACAGUUCAUGGAGCUCGUUCACUGUCGUGCUCGCAGAAGAUUCCAACGUGGCCUUAAGCGUAAGCCUAUGGGUCUCAUCAAGAAGCUCCGUGCUGCCAAGAAGAACGCUCCCGCUGGCGAGAAGCCUGAGGUUGUCAAGACCCAUCUCCGUAACAUGAUUAUUGUCCCUGAGAUGAUCGGUUCCGUCAUUGGUAUCUACAACGGUAAGGUUUUCAACCAAGUUGAAAUCAAGCCUGAGAUGACUGGUCACUACCUCGCCGAGUUCUCCAUCUCUUACAAGCCUGUCAAGCACGGUCGUCCCGGUAUUGGUGCUACUCACUCUUCCAAGUUUGUUCCCCUCAAGUAA